AUAUCUUGAUGCCAAAAAUCUUUCGUCAGUAGUCCGUUGAGAUCAUCCUCAAGUCAUCUCAAUAUGGAUUGGAAAAUAAUUUUUCUCUUCUUCACAAUUUUCGCAUCAGCACUCGCCAAUUAUGGAGCAUGCGAUUGCAACAUACGAUUUUUGAAAAAUUGUGGCGGUCGCAGUAAUUGUCAUCAUCAUAAUUGUCACUAUCAUCCUCGGCAUCGCCAUCAUCAUCAUCGUCAUCAUGGUCACCAUCACCGACAUCAUGGUCGAGGUCACGGACGAUACCCUCCAUCUCGUGGACUUACACUGAAUCAGUACAUACCAGUAUCUCCUAUCGUAUGGCCAGGAUAUGGACCGGGUAGUCCGUAUUCACCAAAUUCUGGUCCUCAUGGUCCUGGAGGAAAUCCUUAUGGUUCAGGAGGAAAUCCUUUCAGUCCUUAUGGUCCAGGAGGCAAUCCUUUCAGUCCUAAUGGUCUAGGAGGUAUUCCUUUCAGUCCUUAUGGUCCAGGAGGUAAUCCUUUCAGUCCUUAUGGUCCAGGAGGCAAUCUUUUCAGUCCUUAUGGUCCAGGAGGUAAUCCUUUCAGUCCUUAUGGUCCAGGAGGUAAUCCUUUCAGUCCUUAUGGACCAGGAGGCAGUCCUUUUGGCCCACCACUUGUGAGACCAUCGAUGUUUUGUAUCUUACCACCACCAAAUCAAGGAACAGGAAUGCCGGUUUUUGGGGGCAGCCCAGGUGCACAGCCUGGGAGUAUGAAUAAUGGACCAUCACCUAUGCCAACUCUGCCCUAUAGACCAAUACUAUUAGGAGGUUCUCCACUUGGGAAUUACAUGCGACCGUCGCCAAGACCUUAUAUUCCACUUUCUUCAGCACCUCUAGGAUCGUAUGCUCCGAUUUCUCCAGGACCAGGAGGUUUUCCUUUGAGACCCUACCAACAAAUGUCAUCAAGACCUUAUAAUCCAUUUGCAUCACUGCUACCAGGAUUUUCUCCAAUUCGACCAAGUGGUUAUCCCUUAGGGCCAGGAGGUUUACCAAUCGGCAGUGGACUCUCCCCGUUAAGACCAGGAGGUAGUGGACCAAUGGGUAAUGGAAUUUCGCUAUAUGGACCAGGAGGUUUGCCGAUAGGAAAUGGACUCUCUCCGUUAGGACCUGGAAGUUUACCGAUAGGUAAUGGACUCUCUCCAUUAGGACCCGGAGGUUUACCACUUGGUAAUGAAUUUUCACCUUUGGGACCAGGAGCUUCCCCACUAGGAAAUGGAUACUUACCUUCAGGAUCACCUUUGGGCAUGUACCCAUCACUUUUACCAAGACCAACCAUUCCACUGAUAGUGGAUGCCAGUCUCUCGUCAGGACUUGACUCAUCCGAAUACGGAAAUCCCUACGAUUUGGGAUCAAAUUCACUAGAAAGUGAAAAUCCAGACCUCAAUUCAGGAGAAGGUGAAACGCCAUUCGAACUUAAUCCACUUGAUGGUACAGAUCCCAAUGCCGGAGGUUAUCCAAAUUCCUUUGGAGGCGGAAUGCCAUUGGGCGACCUGAACUCCCUUGGUGGUUCACCCUACAAUCCGACUUCCCUUCUAGGCUAUCCAGGACCCUUCGAUCCUUCAUCCCUUGAAGGUGAUCUCAAUUCUCUUAAUGGUGGUUAUGAUCCUUUACUCGAAAAUGAACUUGAUCCAAAUUCGCUUGGCGGUGGUUAUCCUAUUGACCCCAAUUAUUUUGAUCCUUCUUCAAAUGGAAAUCUAUUAGGAGAUUUGAAUUCCCUUGAGGGAUAUCCUGAACAACUUGAUCCCAAUUCGGCUGCAGGUGGACUACCACUGAUUGAUCCAAAUAUCUUGGGUGGUGGAUAUCCAGGACCAAUAAAUCCAAAUACUCUUCCUGGUGGAUAUCCGUGGAAUGCACUUCCAAGUGGAAUGCCUCAAAGUUCUGGACCUACUGUGACAACGCUACAGUGCACUCCUGUUCAAAAACCUGCCAGUUCAGGUUUACCUAAUGGUGGUCUUUGGUCACCAAAUCGAGGACCAGUUGAUUCACUCGGUCCAUGGUCACCCAAUCGAGGGCCUCUCGGACCUUGGUCACCAAAUCGAGGACCGUUUGAUCCACUCGGUCCAUGGUCACCCAAUCGAGGGCCUCUCGGACCUUGGUCACCAAAUCGAGGACCGUUUGAUCCACUCGGUCCAUGGUCAGCCAAUCCAAGACCUCUCGGACCUUGGUCACCCAAUCGAGGACCGUUUGAUCCACUCGGUCCAUGGUCACCUAAUCGAGGAUCUCUCGGACCUUGGUCACCAAAUCGAGGACCGUUUGAUCCACUCGGUCCAUGGUCACCUAAUCGAGGAUCUCUCGGACCUUGGUCACCAAAUCGAGGACCGUUUGAUCCACUCGGUCCAUGGUCAGCCAAUCCAAGACCUCUCGGACCUUGGUCACCCAAUCGAGGACCUCUCGGACUUUGGUCACCCAAUCGAAGACCUCUGGGACCUUGGUCUCCAAAUCGAGGACCAUUUGAUCCCCUCAGUCCUUGGUCACCAAACCGAGGACCAAUUGAUCCCCUCAGUUCUUGGUUACCAAAUCGAGGACCAUUUGAUCCCCUCAGUCCUUGGUCAUCAAACCGAGGACCAGUUGAUUCACUCGGUCCAUGGUCUCCUAGUCGAGGACCUCUCGGCUUUCCCAACAGAGGACUUUUCAGACCUUCAUUAAGAUAUCCAUGGCCUCGUCCAGAUUGUUUAAAACCUCAAUUUAGAGUGGUGCCAUUUUUGGUAAAGGAAAGGAAACCUGGUUGUAAAUAAAAACUUAAACCGAAAUCAAAAUAUGGACUGGCAAUUAAGUUCGCUGCAUGACAAAUAUGAAACUGAAUCUAGGAAUGUUCGAAUAAAUUAAAUUACAUUAAUUAAUAUUAUUAUAUUUGAAUUUGUAAUUUUUUCAUUAAUAUAUGAAAUUAUAUUAUUCUUCAUUGAGAACCAUUAUAACUCACGUUACAUAUUACGAACAUUUCAGAAUGCACAUUUAACAAAACUAAUUCGUAGAAGUCUUGUUAAUUCUUCGAGUGUCCAAGUUGCAUAAUGAAGAAUGCAAAGCAUUAUUUUUUCAUAUAACAUAACUUUAUUGUUUCAUUCAUUAGGGGAAUUAAAAUUGACAUUGAUCUGAAAUCGUUAUUAGGUUUCUGGGUCAAGAAUAAAUAAAUAUUUAAUAUUAAA